CGCACCGGCAAAAUGGCUCCGACUGGAUAUUUAUUCUGUGCGCUGGUUGUUUUAAGUGUUUUUGGGUUUUAUACAGAAUUUGUGUAUUGUACUAAUGGCAGAAGGAGCUCUGACAGUGUGGAGUCUGACCUCAGCGGCUUCUCUGUGACUCUGCAGCACUCUUUCGAAGUGGAUGACGUGCCCAGAUUCAGGACACGUGGCACGAUCCAUCUGAAGGCCGCGAGAGAGAACGGCGCCGUUCUGUCGCAGACGGAGCUCUCGGAGAAGGACAGGAGUUUACUGAAGGACGUAGCGGCUGUAGACGGUCUGUACAGGAUCCGAGUUCCCCGGGUGUCUCUGCAGUCAGACAGACAGACAGACGGCCACCUGACUGCCUUCAUCAGAGCCUGCUCUCUGGUGGAGUCGCACCUGAGCGAUGUCAUCACGCUGCACACCGACGUCAGUGGCUCCCUCAUCGGCGUCUCCAUAGUGACGGUGCCCGGGGCGUGUCGUGGGGCCGAGGUUGAGGAGGACGUGGACCUGGAAACGUUCAACACCACCCUCAGUGUCAUGGGUCCAGUCAACGCACCAGCCCCUGAGACGGCUCUGUUUAUCGAGAGGAUGGAGCAGGAACAGGACAAGAAAGGCAAACCCCAGGAGCAGAAGUCCUUCUUCGCAAAAUACUGGUAUUUGAUUCUGGGAGGUGCAGUGUUCCUCAUGGCCACCAGUUCAGCACAGCCCCCAGCAGGGGGCGCCAGAGAGCAGUGAUUUACACAGUCAAUGGAUGUACAUCGUCCCUCUUGUCCUCUUCCUCAUGAUGUCCGGAGCCCAGGAUCAGUCUGGAGGCGGAGCUAGUGGUGGUGCAGCCAAUGGCGGUGGGCGAUGAUUACCAUGGCAACGGCGACUGCUAUUCUUCUGUUAUUGGUUUAUAAACUGUAUAUAAUAACUUAAGAAAUGUUAAAUUAAUGUAAAAGAAUUCUCGUGCUAAUAAACUAAGAACAUCAGACUGAAGGAGUUUAACGCAGUGUUUGUUUGUUUUUCUACUGAUUUGAUGAAUAAAAUGUGCUGGAAAUCA